CUAAAUAUCUAAUUCCAUUCUUAAUCUUAACGUACUUAAAGCUAUAAACGGAUUAUACGGCGUAUCCUGAAAAAAAAAAAUGACAACCCGAAUGGAAAACUAACGAUUCUAAUAAUCAGUUGCGAGAAAACCGCGUUAUCUGUGACACAACUCAUUCUAAUAAAACAAUUGCAAGUGAUUCAAACAUCAUCGGAUUCGACGAUUCGAGAUAUAUCCAGUAGACUGAAGUCGGGCGUCCCAGCAGGACAACGGACCGUCCGUUGUUUUGACUUGUUUUUUUUUUCACAGCGGCAGUGCGCGAUUUUUUAAAAAAUGACGGGCAAUUCGGGCAUGGAGAAGUUGAUACCCGUUGUCAACAAAUUACAGGAUGCGUUUACGCAACUGGGAGUGCGUUUGACUUUGGAUCUGCCUCAAAUCGCCGUAGUAGGGGGGCAAAGUGCGGGAAAGAGUUCCGUUUUAGAAAAUUUCGUGGGGAGAGAUUUCCUUCCAAGGGGGUCAGGAAUUGUAACUAGGAGGCCGCUUAUUCUGCAACUUAUUAAUUCAAAACAUGAAUAUGCCGAAUUUCUGCAUAACAAACAAACAUACUCGGAUUUCGAUGAGGUUAGAAAAGAAAUUGAAAAUGAGACGAAUAGAGUUACCGGUAGUAACAAAGGAAUCUCAAAUUUGCCGAUCAAUUUGAAAAUUUAUUCACCAAAUGUUCUAAAUUUAACUCUGAUCGAUCUGCCGGGCAUGACGAAAGUUCCGAUAGGCGAUCAGCCUCAAGACAUCGAACAUCAGAUCAGAAACAUGAUCCUGCAAUUCAUCAGGAAGGAUACGUGCCUUAUCUUAGCCGUUACACCUGCCAAUUCGGAUCUAGCCAACUCGGAUGCCUUGCAAAUCGCCAGAGAAGUGGAUCCUCAAGGUUAUCGCACUAUAGGUGUGAUUACAAAAUUGGAUCUUAUGGACGAAGGGACAGACGCUAGAACCAUUUUGGAAAACAAACUUCUACCAUUAAGAAGAGGCUACGUAGGAGUCGUUAACAGAUCACAAAGAGAUAUAGAUGGGCGCAAAGAUAUCAAAAUAGCACUCGAUGCAGAAAGGAGGUUCUUUAUAGGUCAUCCUGCAUACAGACAUUUGGCAGACAAACUAGGAACGCCACAUUUACAAAAAGUAUUAAACGAACAACUAACAAAUCAUAUCAGAAAUACGCUACCGUCUUUGAGAGGCAAAUUACAGAAACAGUAUAUGGUUUUAGAAAAGGAAUUAGGAGAUUUUAAGCAUUUUAAUCCAGACGAUCCCAGUAUGAAAGCUAAAGCAAUGUUACAAAUGCUCCAACAAUUUGCCAUCAGUUUCGAAAAAGUUUUGGAAGGUGCAAAAUCCGAUGACGUAAACACAACAGAAUUGUCGGGCGGUGCCAAAAUUAAUUGCAUUUUCCACGAAAGAUUUCCCUUUGAAAUAGUCAAAAUGGAAUUUGAUGAAAGCGAAUUGAGGAAAGAAAUAGCUAUCGCCAUCGCCAAUAUACACGGAAUUAGGAUAGGGCUUUUUACUCCGGAUUUAGCUUUUGAUGCUAUAGUAAAGAAACAAAUAGCAAGACUGAAGGAACCCUGUUUGAAAUGUGUGGAUUUGGUAUCUACAGAACUCCUCAAUGUAAUACAUUCUUGUUCAGAACAGAUGUCCAGAUUUCCGAGACUUAGAGAAAUAGUGGAAAGGGUAAUUACGAAUCACGUUAGAAAAAGAGAUCAAGAAUGCAGAGAUCAAUUAGGAGAAUAUAUAAAUUGCCAAUUAUCGUAUAUGAAUACUAAUCACGAAGAUUUUAUAGGAUUUGCGAACGCCGAAAAUCAAGCUAGGAAGGCGGUACCAGUCCACAACAAUUUAGGCAAUCAAGUGAUACGUAAAGGUUAUAUGAGCCUGCAUAAUUUAAGUUUCAUGAAAGGUAGAAGUUUCUGGUAUGUCCUAUCGUCCGACAGUUUGGCCUGGUACAAGGAUGAGACUGAAAAAGAAAUACAAUAUAUCUUGCCGCUUAAUAAGUUAAAGUUGAGAGACGUAGAGACUGGUUUUAUGAAUAGGAAGCCCACUUUCGCUAUAUUUUAUCCUCACGGAGCUAAUGUAUAUAAAGAUUACAAGCAAUUGGAACUUAGUUGUAAUUCUGUGGACGAUAUGGAUUCGUGGAAAGCGUCAUUUUUGAGAGCUGGAGUAUAUCCGGAAAAGUUACAAAAUGGCGAAGAAAAUGAAGAUGAAAGUAUUUUUAGUCAAGAUGACGUAGAUCCUCAAUUAAAAAGACAAGUGGAAGUAAUACGUAAUCUAGUCGAAAGUUAUAUGUCCAUUGUUACCAAAGCAACCAGAGAUUUAGUUCCAAAAAUGAUAACCUGUUUGAUAAUAAAAAAUACGAAAAAUUACAUUUUCGAAGAGCUACUAGUCAACGUAUACGCUCACGAAGAUCAGGUUGAACUUUUGGAAGAAUCGCCCGAAGAAGUGAAGAAGAGAACAGAAAAAAUGGCCAUGUUUCAAGCUUGUAAAGCAGCAUUGGAUAUCAUAGGAGACUGCAAUAUGAAAUUCAACACUACCUCAACUAAUACUGAAGAAGAAAUCAUUUAUGCGAAACCUAUGAUAGCGCCUAAUAAACCCUCUAUCGCCUCCAAGAAAACUUAUAGAUUAUCCACUCCACCACCAGCAUUUUCGAGACCGGCCCCCCCACCACCACCAGGGAAGCUGAAAAAAUAUAAGAGUGAGAAAAAUAUUUCUAACGAACUUCAAUCUGGAAAUACCUUGCAAUUGAUACCCAAGUUUUAUAUUGUAUCAAUUCCGUAGAUACACUGAGAAAAAUGAGGGACUGUCGACAGUAUUAUUUUUUGCAAAUCCAUAAGUAAACGUAUUAAAUUUAUUGUUUAAAUAAUUUUGUAUAAGUGUAGUACUAAUAUUUAUAUUUAUUUUGUUUUUAAAAUAAAAUGUUGAAAAAUU